CCCCUCUUUCCUCCCCCUUCCUCCUUCAAGAACCUUUUUAAAACGCUGGGGUUGUUGGAGUGGUUGAAUUUUUCCUGGAUUUGAGUGAGAAAUUCAGAAGACUGAAGCCCAGGCUCACUGUCUACCUUUCACGGAGGCCCAGCCGUGAGAGGACAGAAGAAGGCACGUGGCGAAUCAUGACAGCGGACAAAGAAAAAGACAAAGACAAAGAGAAGGACAGGGAUAGAGACCGGGACAAGGAGCGAGACAAGAGAGAUAAGGUGAGGGAGAGCGAGAACUCGCGUCCUCGGCGGAGCUGCACGUUGGAAGGAGGUGCCAAGAAUUACGCAGAGAGUGACCACAGCGAAGAUGAGGACAAUGACAACAACAGUGCCACCACGGAGGAGUCCACGAAGAAGAGCAAAAAGAAACCACCCAAGAAGAAAUCCCGAUACGAGAGAACAGACAACGGUGAAAUCACGUCUUUCAUCACGGAGGAUGACGUUGUGUACAGGCCUGGAGAUUGCGUAUAUAUUGAAAGCCGCCGGCCGAAUACGCCGUAUUUCAUCUGCAGCAUUCAAGACUUCAAACUGGUAAGAAACAUUUUCACAUCUCCUCCUCCUCCUCCUUUUCCCCACCCCUUCUGCAGUGAGGUGCAAUGCCUGGUGGUCCGUGCCUCGUCCCGUAGCUCCUCAGUCAUCCCACUAGCUUCUGAAAGAGUCAUUCUGCUCUUAAGGCUGAGAUCUGUGCUCGUGCAGCUGUAGUUAAUCAGGCUGUAGAGUUCAAGUUGUGCUCUGCUUCGUGAUGAGGGUUUGUAACUCAUGGGAGAUCCAGCUCUGUGGUGGGAGCAGUGGUUGGGAUGGGGCAGCAGUGGCUGCUGGUGGGUUUGGGGGAGCACAGGCUGCGCUGAGCUGUGUGUACCAUCAGUGUGUGGCCUGCAGCUGGAUGUCCCACUGCCUUGCCUUCAGAGCUCAGCCCUGCUUGGACAGCCCUCGUGCAUUCCCAGGUCCCUUUGUGCUGGGAUGGAAUUAUGAAGCAGUGGUUGCUGUUCUGGGCAGGUCUUGCUGAGUUGCAUUAGUUCCCCGGGGUGUUAACAGCAGCAAAAGCCAAAGUUUCUCCUUGUCACAGUUGGUCUAAUGCAGCAGUUACAGCUGUUUGCAGAGCUGUGCGGGCAUUUUGCACCAUCUUUUAGUUUUCAGUAUGCAAAGGAUAUGACAUCAGUGUUGCUGGCAAUUUUGUGCAUUUUCACAUGGAAAUAGUAUCAUUCCUUUGUUUUCCUUUGCCUACUCCCAUUUCUUCAAUUUUCCUGCUGGGUUUUUCUUACUGACAUAAUAUGUUAAAAAAAAAAAAAAA